AUUGUUUUAGUGGGCUAAGAAUUUUACACCAUAAAGUCAUAAUUCGAUGAAUCUGUCGCUGUCAACAUCUAAAUUUUAAUCUUCUUAAAGCCUUCUUUUACGAGAAUUAUCUUCAACCAGAUACAGCUCGACACAUCUUGGAGGUGACGAUGAAGUCAGGUAAAAGUUCUUUGAUAUUGCGGGUGUUUAUCAUCUUGGUGUCUGGAUUCAUCACCACACAAACCAGAGCUGACGGUUUGGAAGAUGGAUAUGACAACGCCACUACCAUCUUGUAUGAAGACAUGACCGAGAUCAUCAUCGAUGACGAUGCCUCUGACUCAGGAUGGGCUUGGUACCCAAUAACAUGGAGAUGGUGGACAAUUAGCCAAGUCAUUUGCGCCAUCCUUGGCGUCUUCGACAACGGGGUCGUCAUCGUGAUCAUAUUCCAGCGGCUUAAGAAGAACCGAUCAACAGACACCUUGAUUGGAGCUUUGGCCAUUGCUGAUUUCCUGACGUCCGUGUUCCUGUUCCCAAUUCCUUGGGCCAAGCGUGUGCCUCCAACCAUCCUAGGUAAGAUGUACUGCAAGCUGCUCUAUCCGGGCUUCGCUCUUUGGUUAUGCAUAACCGCAUCCACCUACAUCCUCAUGGCAAUCUGCAUCGAACGUUACAUCGCGGUCGUUCAUCCACUCUACUUCAAAAGGGUCUUUACCAAGGCUAAAGUAUCACUCGCUGUGCUUUUCCUCUGGGCAUUUUCCUUCGCUCAGUGCUUCUAUGCCUUGUUCACCUUUAUCCACGACGAGGAAAUCGGUUACUGUAGUUCUAUUGUUGAUACCAAGAUGGGUAUGGAAGCCAGCGCUUACUACGCCUUCUCAAUUCGUCUAGCCAUUCCCGUCCUGACCAUGGUUGUCACCCAAAUCAUAAUCAUCCGGUCACUCCAUGUCCAGUCCAAGGUAUUCAAGGGUAUGACCGGUGAGAGUCAAGCCACCUCUCCGACCUUUCACAUCACUGCCCGGAACAACGUCAUCAAGAUGAUGUUCAUCGUCGUCAUGGUCUACGUCGUCACCUGGACACCCAAUCAGAUUGCCUACCUUUGCUUCAACCUCGGUUACAUCUCCUCGUCCUACCGAGGAAGUCCCCUCCACCGCAGUCUUACGGUCUUUGCCUUCCUCAAUUCCUGCGCCAACCCCAUCAUCUACACGUCCCGUCAUACCGAGUUCAGGAAGGCCCUCAAGAGUCUCUUUACCUGUUCUAAACUCGAGAUCACCUCCCUCUUCGAGAUCAAAGAUGAUACUGGGGGAAAAGACAGUUCGCAAUCAAACAGGAAGAUGAAUGAGAGUAUUCCAGAAACACCUUGAAUGCACUGUGGAGCUUUCCACUUCAACAUCAAUAUCUAUCAAUAUCUAUUUCAAAAGGCAAUGAUAACAACAUCAACAAUUACAAUUAUGAUACUCAUGAUGAUAUAAAAAUAGAAUUAAUAAUACGAGUUAAUUUUUUUUCUAUUUUCAUCAUACAUGUAUACAGUGGUGCUAACAAGUUAGUGAACCCCAUCCGAAAAUGGACACAAUUUCACAGUGUUCAAAUUCUGCUUUCUUUUAGAUAUUUGAUUGUGAAAUCAGGUGAUAAGAUUUUAAAUUCGAUAUAGUUCGUUUCUCUGCAUGGGCUCGCCGGACAUACCUUGUUGUCUUCGUUCAACAUUCGGCAUGAACUAGUGCAUUUUCUGGCGGGGUUAACUCACAUUUUAGCACCACUGUACAUCAAAUACAUAAACAAUGACAAAUCAAAUAUAAUUACACUCUAAAUUCCAAGGUUUUGAAAUAAAUCCAGGAUCCCGUAGCUCAAAAGUUAGUGAUUAAUCGUACGCUUGAUUUUUACGAUUAAUUGUACAUUUUAGGUCAUGCAACCAAUCGUUAAUAAUGUUUGAUUGGGUUUGAUUUCUUGUUUUCUUCUGCAGUCAUAUCGUUCGCAUUAUACAUUUCCAUUAAAUAGCAAACAAAAUAAUAUACUAAUUGUCCAAAAAUUCGGCAAAUUGUAUAUUUUGUCUGUAAAGAUUGUUUGCCACGGAGGGUCAUACGUUAACAGAAAGGGAAUCAAAAGAUAUCAGCUACGUCUUCUGAAUUUAUCGCAACAUCAUGAACUCUUACUGUGACAUUGUCUUUGGGCAAUGUUUUGGUUUCUUGCCAACCGAAUCAUUGAUGAUCUACCAUGUGGCUUUGAUUUUUGUUUUGACUCUGUUGAGCUUCUCGGACUAAAAAGAUUUGCGAACGGUAAUAAUUACAUUAGUUAGUCUUUAUUUAAAUUUUGUAUUCAUUUUGUUUUGAAUAGAAGGGUUUUUUGAAAA